AUGGCCUGCUUUCUGCAGCUCCUGCUGGCUUGGUUGGGGGGCUGCGGCUGUGCCGGCCGCCUCGUGCCCCCCAGCCAGGGGACCAAAGCUGGAUCCUUGCGGGGAAACUUGUCUCAGCGCUGGGAGCGUCCCCUCUUGAGGUCCCGUCGCAGCUGGGUCUGGAACCAGUUCUUUGUCAUCGAGGAGUAUGCCGGACCAGAGCCUGUCCUCAUUGGGAGGCUUCACACAGAUGUGGAUCGAGGUGAGGGUCGCAUCAAAUACGUCUUGACCGGAGAGGGGGCAGGCACGGUCUUUGUGAUUGACGAGAAGACAGGCAACAUCCACGUCACCAAAACGUUGGACCGGGAGGAGAAAUCGCAAUAUACGUUGCUGGCUCAGGCUGUGGAUCGGGCCUCUAACCGGCCUCUGGAGCCACCAUCUGAAUUCAUUAUCAAAGUCCAAGACAUCAAUGACAACCCGCCGGUCUUCUUGCAUGGCCCUUACCACGCUACUGUGCCAGAAAUGAGCAACGUGGGUACGUCUGUGAUCCAGGUGACAGCCCACGAUGCUGACGAUCCAGCUUACGGAAACAGUGCCAGGCUGGUCUAUACGGUACUCGAGGGGUUGCCGUUCUUCUCCGUCGACCCCCAGACGGGUGUGAUCAGGACAGCAACCCCUAAUAUGGACCGGGAAACCCAGCAAGAAUUCCUUGUCGUGGUACAGGCCAAGGACAUGGGGGGCCAUGCUGGGGGUCUUUCAGGAAGCACAACCGUCACAGUCACUCUUAGCGAUGUCAAUGACAACCCACCUCGCUUCCCACAGAGCUCCUACCAGUUUUCUGUGGUGGAGACUGCACCUCCCGGCUCCGCAGUGGGGCGGCUGCAGGCGCACGACCCUGACGAAGGGGAUAACGCACUGCUAGCCUACAGCAUCCUGGAUGGAGGAGAUGGAGCCGAGGCUUUUGCUAUCCGCACUGAUGCGCUGGGGCAGGAUGGGAUCAUCACUGUAAAAAAGCUCCUUGAUUUUGAAUCCCGCCGCUCUUACACCUUCCGAGUGGAGGCCACCAACACGCUUAUUGACCCUCAAUACAUCCGCAAGGGCCCCUUCAAGGACAUGGCCACUGUCCGUAUCACAGUAGAGGAUGCUGAUGAACCCCCAGCCUUCUCCCGCUCCGAGUAUCAUCUUGCUGUUUAUGAGAACAGCCCUCCGGGGACCCUCGUCGGCAAAGUGACAGCUGUGGACCUCGAUUCCCCCAGCAGUGUCAUCCGAUACUCCAUCCUGCCGCACACGGAUCCCGAGCGCUAUUUCAGCGUCAACCCUCAGGACGGGACGAUUCUAACCUCUGUGCCUCUCGACCGGGAGCUGUUGCCCUGGCAUAACAUGACUGUGGUGGCAACUGAACUUGACAGCCCUACGCAGGCCUCCCACGUCCAAGUGGCCAUCCAGAUCCUGGACGUAAAUGACAAUCCUCCCCAACUGGAGCACAGCUAUGAGCCGUUUGUGUGUGACAACGCAGACCCUGGCCAUUUGGUGCAGCUGAUCCAAGCAGUGGACCGAGACGAGGAAGGGAAUGUGAGCCGCAUCAUAAUCCGCUCCCCGCUUGGGAUGAGGGAACCAAAUGUCACCGUGCGAGACAACAAGGAUAACUCCGCCUCCUUGCUACUCCGUGCUGCCCGCCUGCCCACCCAAGGGGGGUCCCUGCUGGUGCCGCUAGAACUUGUGGACGGUGGCUCCCCCACCCGCACAGGCUCCCCAACCUUGACUGUGAGCAUCUGUCGGUGUCGGCGAGAUGGGGCCAUGCACUCCUGUGGGCCCGAGGCCCUGGGCUCUCCUGCUGGCCUCAGCACAGGCGCCCUGCUUGCUAUCCUUGCCUGCGUCGGCACUCUUCUUGCACUGGUGUUGUUGUUUGUCGCCCUCCGGAGGCAAAAGCAGGCAGCGCUGCUGCCCUUUGAAGAAGAAGAUGUGCGCGAGAACAUCAUCACAUAUGACGACGAGGGCGGGGGCGAAGAGGACACCGAGGCCUUUGACAUGGCUGCCCUGCAGAACCCUGACGCUGCCCCUCCGCCGCCACAACAGCAGCGGCGCCUCUUCCGGCGGGACGUGCUACCCCGCCUGCAUUUCCCUCCCUCCUUGCCUGCCCGUGCGCCCCCACAGCCCCACGACGUGGCCAGCUUUUUGGCUGCCCGCUUGAGCGAGGUGGAUGCCGACCCCUCCGUCCCUCCCUAUGACUCCAUCCAGGUGUAUGGCUAUGAGGGACAGGGCUCCUCCGCCGGCUCGCUCAGCUCCCCAGGGUCCUCCUGCGCAGGCGACAGCGAUGCAGGUGGAUACGAGUACCUGGAAGAAUGGGGGCCACUCUUCCGAACACUGGCUGAGCUCUACGGUGCCCCAGAAGGGCCACCUCCUACUUGAGGGACCUAAACGGGGAGGGAGGGGCAUGAUCCAUGGAAAAGCACAGCCCUCUAUUCUUCUUAGUCGCCCACGUCUUGCUUGUUCUUUUCUCCCUUUCAGUUCACCGACUUCUUUGUUCUCGACUUAAACUUGUCUUUUUUAGACAUCCCUUCUUCAGAUCACCUCACUCCUUCCUGCAUACUAGGGGUAGCUAACUUGCAGCCCUCCAGAUGUUGCUGGACCCCAACUCCCACAUGCCCCAGCCAGCACAACCAAUGGUCAGGGGUGAUGGGAGCUGUAGUGCAACAUCUGGAGGGCCACAGCGUAGCCAUCCCUCUUGUGUAUACCUGCCAUUGUUUUGCCGUUAUCUUUCAGUGUCUCAUGCAGUGGAGACUGGCGGCUCCACCGUCAGUGGGGCAGUGAAUCCGCUCCGGGUUUUAGUCUGAACUUUCAAGGAGCUGGCCAAGGUACUUCAGCGGAACUAAAACCUGACCGGAUUCACUGCCCCGCUGACGCUGGAGCCACCAGCCUUCGCUGCUCUCGUGUAUUUCUUCCAUCCCUACUUUUUAAAUGGCUUAAUUUUAUUUCAGACUUUUAAUGCUUCUCUCUGCCUUCUUCAUCAUCCACCCUGCGCUUUCCCCUCAUUCCUUACUUGCCUUCCUUCCAUUCCUUUAGACUUGCUGCAUUCUUUUCUGUGAUGCCACCUUGUCAUUCCUUCAGUCAUUAUUUAUUUUAUUGUUUAAAGGUGUUUUUGCCCCCUCUUGUAAUUCACAUUGUUUUGUUUCAUAGCCUGGGACCUCUUUUUCAUUUUACUGUAUUUGUGCUGUGUUUAUUAUGUUUGGUUUCCUAUCCUUACCCCCUUCUCCUGUACAAAAUAACUCUAUGCAUUCAUUUUCUCCCAGAGUCCUUUGGUACCAAACUCCCUCCCACCCUGGUCCCUAAUGAUCCAGUCUUGCCAGCAUGGAUUUACCUGUCAUUCAACUUGCAGCUCCUUCCCCACCAGCCCCACUAGUGGAACCGGUCAGCCAGGUCAGGGCUUCUGACCUCACCCCCUCCCCUGCAUGGGCUCCCAGGAAAUGUGUGGAGAUGGCAGUGUUGGGUGGAGGACUAAAUCUGGACUCUGCCCUCUGGACAAAGCCCUCCUGUUCUGAUAACACAAUGGGACUUUCUACAGCCAGGACACUUUUAUUCUAGGGAGCUACGGCAUAAUCGGUGUUGG